CUCCCCCGCGCCUCGUUCGGUCGGAGAGCGAAGUCGAGUUUUUUUUAGGUUUUAGUUGACUGGACUGCUAGUCGCUAACUCGCUAUUAGUCCAUUAACAGCAAAAGGUCAUAGUUACAAUCUUUACUCAACUGCAUAAAUCAUUAGACUGUGAAUUUAUUUUUGACAUCAGUUUCAACAUGGCUCUACGAGGUCUAAAGGUCAUAGAAUUUUUGGGCCUGGCACCAGGACCUUUAUGUGGGACUUUUUUAGCAGAUUUUGGAGCCACAGUUACAGUCAUUAACAAGAUUGGGCCUGCACCCUUCGAUGUACUCUCGAACGGGAAGAAAGUCAUUUCUGUAGACUUAAAAUGCAAACAAGGCUUGGAUAUCGUAAAUAAACUUUGUGCUUCAUCAGAUGUUUUAAUAGAUACUUUUAGGCCUGGAGUAUUAGAAAAGUUAGGACUGGGUCCCGAGUCACUUUUGAAAAAGAAUCCUCGAUUGAUUUACGCCAGAUUAACAGGAUACGGCCAAACAGGGCCCUACAAAGACAAAGCAGGGCAUGAUAUAAACUAUGUUGCUAUGUCAGGUAUUCUCUCUUUACUAGGCAGAAAUGGACAACCACCUAUGCCCCCUAUCAAUUUACUAGCUGAUUUCGCGGGAGGAAGCUUAACAUGCACUCUUGGCAUUAUCUUAGCUCUCUUUGAAAGAACUAAAUCUGGAAAAGGACAAGUUAUCGACUGUGGAAUGACUGAAGGAUUAGCUUAUUUAUCUACAUGGUUAUUUAAGGCACGCGAUAGACUACUUCAAGGUGAACCAGGUACCAAUCUAUUAGAUGGCGGAUUCCCGUUUUACUCCACGUACAAAACAAAGGACGGAAAAUUUAUGGCUGUCGGCGCGCUAGAACCACAAUUUUAUGCGAAUUUAUUAGAAGGACUCCAACUAUCUGCAGAUAAAUAUCCACAGGCAGAUGUUGAGGAAUGCAGAAAAAAAUUCGAGGAGAUUUUCAAAUCAAAAACUCAAGAAGAGUGGUGCAAAAUAUUUGAAAAUUUGGAUGCUUGUGUAACUCCCGUCUUAGCAAUUGAUUCUAUUGAUGACCAUGAAUACCAUAAAAAUAAAAACACAUUCUUUAGAGACAGUGAAAACAAAAUACUGCCUGAACCAUCUCCUACCCUAAGUAGAACACCGGGUGUUUCGGUCGGCAAAGAGCCCCUACCACCUCAGGGGCAACAUACUGUACAAAUUUUGAAAGAGCUUGGAUACAGUGACAAAAUAAUACAGGAUUUUUUAAACAAGGGUUAUGUUUAUGCACAUGAAAAGUCUAAACUAUAAAUAAAAACUACAUUAAGAGAUCAUUAUUUUUAAGUUAAGUUACACAUAUAACUAUGUAUACC